UCUGUUUCAACUACCCAGAUCAGCAUAGUAAAGACGAGUUCUAUUAGUUUCAGCUUACAUGCAUCAUCUCCCCAGAGGAAGCGUUUGCUGCAACUUUCCACUGUAUCCAUCACAAAUUCCUACUGGAAGGAAGGAUCGAUCAUCGAUCAAAAAAUAAAAAAGAACUAGCCGCCGGGGAUCAGAGGUGCCAUGGGGUCAAGCCGUCCUAGCUCUCCGGUCAUGAAGCCAUCACCACCUCAUUUUUUCAAGAUAAUACACUCUCCGCACCAGAACCUGAAAAUCCCUAGAAAAUUUGCGACUACCUACGGGAAGGAUCUAUCGAACCAUGUUUUUCUAAAGGUUCCCAGUGGUAUGGUGUGGAAAGUAGAACUGAUAAAAUCUAAUGAGGAUGCUUGGUUAUGCAAUGGUUGGAAAGAAUUCGCAGAGCAUUACUCCGUAUGCUUCGGGCACUUUUUGGUUUUCAGAUACGAUGGGGAUUCCAGUUUUCAUGUCAUUAUAUUUGAUAUGACUGCUUCAGAGAUAGAAUAUCCAUUCAGUGCCACUCGCGGUGAUGAAAUCGACGCGAACCAUAUGCGGGAUUUGCAAGUGACUGACACUGAAGACAUUGAAGAAGAUGAUUGUGGUAAAAUCACUAGUACUAAAUUAAAGCUACCAAUUCCAAAUAAAAAAGAGGCUGUCAAGCGCCAAGAAAGUAGAAGAGGCCUGUCCGUUGCCAAAAGACUCCGACACUGUCCAUUUACUGUCAAAAAGCCAUUUUCAUCCAGCAAUGGGAAAUCUAGACCUCUUGAAAGAGCCAUAGCUUUUAGAUCUGCAAAUCCUUACUUCACAAAAAUCAUGUCCCCAUCUUAUGUUUCUACCGGAUAUACUUUUGUAAGUUUUCAAUUUCGUUCAAAUCCUUCUGUAAUUAUACAACAAAUAUUUUUUGAAAUUUUGCAAUAUCUACCGACAGAGUUCUCAAAGGAAAAUCUAAGUGAAAAAACAGAGAAGGUAGUACUGCAGAGUGCAAACGGGGGAGAAUGGCCUGUAAAGUGCCAUUAUGAAGGACGUAGCAGAUACUUUCUCUAUUGGAAAUCAUUUGUACAGGCCAACAAUGUGAAUGUUGGCGAUGUUUGUGUCUUUGAAUUGAUCAAGAGCAGUGAACCUCGUCUGAAUGUCGUAAUAUUUCGGUAAUGCUAUGGCUCUAGAGGAAUAAGAAGCAAAAUUUUGCUGAUCGAAAUUGUAAAAUGCAGAAGCAGGUCAGGACUCUGUCUCUCAACUGAAAACUUCUUUUCGGUACAGUUUCCUCCUUUUUUAUCUCGUAAAUG